AUGAGCGCAUCAGUAGGCGGAUUUUUCAAGACUGCAUUGAAGAGAAAUAUUCUCUUUACUGCUGGAAAAUGAGACACAUUGAAGAAAGACGCAAUUAAGAGGUCUUUAAAUCAAUUCCAGAAAUAUGUUUCAGAGCAUAACUACAGCCUCAAUAGACCACUAUUUGAUCUCUGGCUCACCAACAAAUUCUGGGGAACCUUAACAUCUGGAGCAGGUGAGGCUGAGCUCCAAGAAUUACAAGAAGCUAAAGACAAAUUGGUUGAGUACAAUAAACUUCAUCAAUUUAUGUCAUACUGCAGCGACUUAUCUGAUAGAACAACUCUUCUUAUGAAUAGAGAAUUUGCGAAUGACCCGACUAACCCUCUCAGCAUUUACAGAUCCUCCCCUCACAACGAAAUUGACUCUCUUUUCCCUGAAAUCGAGGGUAUCAUUGGAGCUUACUACGAAGUUGUAGACACUGUUAGAGAUGACCCUGAAUGGCUUUACAAAGUAGAGGCCGAGCUUGGAUCCCACAUUGCCUUCUUGGCUACCUCAUUCUGCGAGACCUCAAGAGAUAAUCUCGUUGAGAAAUCUGACGUUUACAAAAGAUUUGACAUGGACAAGCAAAAGUUCUUCAAGUAA